AUGGACCAAAAAUCAAUGUAUCACAGAAAUAGAGUUGCCGAAGAGGCUCAUCUCUUGAGUGAAGAAAAAUGGAUAUUAGAAGCUUUGGAUAAAAUAAAAAAACAGCGUAACUGUUUGCAGAUUGAAAGACUUCAAUUGGAGAGCAUGAAAAAUCAGUUAAAGAAUUCUUCUAAUAAAAUAGUUGACAACGACGUUAUGAUACAGUCAAAUUUGGAAAAAACCCCAGUAACAUUUACUAUGGAUAUGAUGCAGAAAGCGUCUGGUCUUGAACCACAAGAUAUUAAAGCCAAAGAACAUUUGUUAGUAGCUGAAAGUGUGUGCAAUAAAGAAGAGUUGAAUCUAAAUGUCACUAACUCAAGUUUCAGUCAGAUACCUGCCAUAGAAGUUGAUGCGGAGGAGUACGAAGAUGAAUAUGAUGAAGAGGAUGGUGAAGAUUUGCUUAUUGAUAUGAAUAUGUUUAUGCAUGGAACCCAAAUUACUAGUAAUAAUAAUAAAUAG